AUGUCUGAAGCUACAUUUCUUAACAAAACAUUGAGACGUUUAAAUUUAAUAUUUCUCGCUAUUGGAAUAAAUUUGGAACAUAAAAAAUGUAAUCGAUUGACAAAAAUAAGAACAAGAUGCGUUUAUUUUUUUAAUUUAAUUUGGCUGAAUAGUGACGUGGUCGGUGCCAUAUUGCAUUUUAUGAACGAUCUAAAAGACGGUACUGAUUUGACAGAAAUGACUUAUCUGGCGCCAUGCGCGAUGUUGAGCGUAGUUGGAAUAUUUAAAUCGACUAUGAAAAAUAAAAUUGAAAAAGACGAAGGAAAAUUCGUUAAUUGCGUAAUAACAUUAUUGAACAUUUUUAAUAUUUGUGUCGUAUUCGAUUUUACGUUUACGCCUAUUAUAAAAAUUGUGAAAAAUUACAUGUCUAGUGGGGAAAUCGAGUUGGUUCUUCCACAUAAAGUUGUCUACCCAUUUGAUCCGUUUGACAUCAAAUAUUGGCCAUUUGCGUUCUUUAAACAGAGUUGGUCAGAAUGUAUAGUACUUCUGGAAAUGUGUGGAGCAGAUUAUUUCUACUACAUUUGUUGUACAUUUAUUAGAAUUCAAUUUCGUCUGCUAUGUUACGAAUUUGAAAACUUAAUCCAGUCCCAUCAUAAAGAUCACAAUAUAAUUGGAAAAAGACUUAAAAAAUUAAUACAAUGGCAUCAAGAUCUUAUAAAAUGUACGAGUACCCUAGAUCUGAUAUAUUCGAAAUCAACGUUAUUUAAUUUUGUAUCCAGUUCAGUGAUUAUUUGUUUAGCUGGCUUUAAUGUCAAGGCCACAGACAACAUAGCGCUGGCCGUUACAUUCCUAACGUUUUUAUCAAUGAACCUCUUUCAAAUAUUCUUUCUGUGCCUCUUUGGCGACAUGAUAAUGAGGUCGAGUAUGGAUGUGAGCGAUGCUGCUUAUAACUGUCUAUGGUAUGCUGAUCGUAAUGUUGCCAGAGAUGUUUUCUUGGUGCAAAUUAGAGCUCAAAAUCCAUGCAAGCUGACUGCAUUUGGUUUUGCGGACGUCAAUUUCAUGUCGUUUAGUAGGAUAAUGAGUACUUCGUGGUCUUAUUUUGCGCUUCUGAACACAAUAUACUGCGAGAAUCAAGAAAAUUGAAUAAUAUUUUGCACAUUAGAACAAAUUAUUUAAACAAUAAUUUAAAAAAAUCUUUUUUAACUAAGUACACAAAUUAAGACAAUAUGCUAGGCAUAAAUACACAAAUUUAUGCAAUAUUUUUCAUUUAUUCGCACAUGAAAUAAAAUAACACUGAGAAUCACAAAAAUAUAAAUGAAUAAAAAAAUAUAAAUAAAAAGGAAUGUUAUUCUCGUACAUGGCAACAACGAUUUAAAAUUCUGUAGCUCAAGUUGAACAUCGAAUAAAUAACAAUAACACACUGGCCGAAACGAAACCGACUUUUAUUUCCGCAUGAAUACGAAAAACGAAGUUGAAUCUAUGACUCACGCCCGCUCUUGAAAAAUGACCAAGGAUUUAUUGGCGCCAAUUGUUACACACCACAUCCGUUUAUUCGGUGACAU